CAUCCCGGCUCGGCGCGGCCCGGCGCCCCCAUUGCGGAAGCGCGGCGGGGGCUGCCGGAGCCGCAGCAGCAGCAGCCGCAGCAGCAGCAGCAGCGCUGCCCGGCGACGCGCCCCGCUCCCCGCCCUGCGCGGCGGCCCCGGCGCUGCCGCCGCCGGCGGGGGUACUAUGCUCACACGGGUGAAGUCCGCCGUGGCCAAUUUCAUGGGCGGCAUCAUGGCUGGCAGCGCGGGCGCCGACCACGGCAGCGGCGCGGACUUGCCUCUCCGCUUCCCCUACGGAAGACCCGAGUUCCUCGGACUGUCCCCGGACGAGGUGGAGUGCUCCGCCGACCACAUCGCCCGCCCCAUCCUCAUCCUCAGCAAGGAGACCCGGCGCCUGCCCUGGACGACGGGCUAUGCCGAGGUAAUAAAUGCAGGGAAGAGCACGCACAAUGAAGAUCAGGCCAGCUGUGAAGUCCUCUUUGUCAAGAAGAAAGCUGGAGGCACCAACUCUACACCCAACAAGAACUCUUCGACGAAGCGGAGGUCAUCGCUGCCCAAUGGAGAAGGUCUCCAGCUGAAAGACAACUUGGACACAGAUGGGAUCAACCUGUACUACUGGUCCCUGUUCGAUGGACAUGCUGGGUCAGGGGCAGCUGUGGUUGCUUCCAAACUGCUGCAGCACCAUAUCCUGGAGCAGCUGCAGGAGAUCGUGGACAUCCUGAGGAACACGGCUGUCCUGCCACCCACCUGCCUGGGAGAGGAGCCUGACAACACGGCCACCAACAGCAGGACACUGACUCGGGCAGCCUCCCUGCGUGGUGGGGUGGGGGCCCCAGGCUCACCCAGCACCCCUCCAACACGAUUCUUCACCGAGAAGAAGAUCCCACAUGAGUGCCUGGUUAUUGGGGCCAUAGAAAGUGCAUUCAAGGAAAUGGAUUUGCAAAUAGAACGAGAGAGGACAGUGUAUAAUAUUUCUGGUGGCUGCACAGCUCUUGUGGUGGUGUAUUUAUUGGGGAAACUUUACGUGGCAAAUGCUGGUGAUAGCAGGGCUAUAAUAAUCCGAAAUGGUGAAGUCAUUCCAAUGUCUUCAGAAUUCACUCCAGAGACUGAACGGCAGCGACUUCAGUAUCUGGCUUACAUGCAGCCCCACUUGCUGGGAAAUGAAUUCACACAUUUAGAGUUUCCACGGAGAGUGCAGCGCAAGGAAGUUGGGAAGAGGAUGCUCUACCGUGACUUCAACAUGACUGGCUGGGCAUACAAAAUCAUUGAGGAAGAUGACUUGAAGUUUCCCCUUAUAUAUGGAGAGGGCAAGAAGGCUCGGGUUAUGGCAACAAUUGGAGUGACACGAGGACUGGGAGACCAUGACCUGAAAGUGCAUGAUUCAAAUAUAUACAUCAAACCUUUCCUGUCCUCAUCUCCUGAGGUCAGAGUCUAUGACCUCCUGCAGUACGAGCAUGGGCCAGAUGAUGUUCUGAUCCUCGCUACUGAUGGCCUCUGGGAUGUGCUGUUGAAUGAAGAAGUGGCAGAAGCUGUCACUAACUUUCUACCAAAUUGUGACCCGGAUGAUCCCCACAGGUACACGCUGGCGGCACAGGACCUGGUGAUGCGAGCCAGGGGAGUGCUGAAGGAUCGGGGCUGGCGGAUAUCCAACGACAGGUUGGGCUCUGGAGAUGACAUCUCUGUCUACGUCAUCCCUCUCAUACACGGGAACAAACAGUCCUGAAAGCAGCACCAGGAGUGGUUAUAGGUUUGGGAUCUUUUGGGGAAAGGGCCUGUAAGAGACAAUGGUUUUGGUGAUCUGACCAGGACACUUCCAAUUGAUGUAAUGUAUUCAAAACUAAUGCUGGAGGGGUAUUUUUCUGCCCGAAAGGUAGGGCUCUGCACAUAUACUGUAUAUGAUUAAAGAUUAUCCUUAAGAUUGCGAUUUCCAUAUAGAAAUGGUUUUGGUGCUUAACAGGAAUGGGAUUUAAAUGCUGCUAGCAUAUUAUGGAUUCUGUCAUCCCUCCAGGUGGGGAAUUAGGUUUUUUCUCAGUUUACCAUGUAGCUUGGGAGAGCCGUUUCAGUUGUGAAAGUAGAAGUGGGUACCAGAAGCUAAGGAAGCUCCUGAAAGCUACCCUCAAAUAUUCAGGAGGUGACUUGGGUUACAUCUCAUUUAAAAGUACCUAUAUAUACAUAUAUAAGACUCAAGAGUUUUCUUCUUUCAAAAAGUUGCAUUCAUGAUUUACCUAUGGACAACUUCAAACGUGUAGUCUUUCGAAUCUCCAUUUUCCUCUCCUGUCUCUUCUUCAGCAGACUAUAUUUCUGUAUUUUAGUAGGAAAACUGAAAUUGUUUUCAGUGUGACUCUGCCUGUUUACUGCAGCUAAAACAGCCACCUGCAAAACUGACCAGGAGAAAUAGGUCACAGUUCUGGAUGGCAAGAUUUAUUCUGGUGUGAGUGAGGAGUUGUUUGUCCAGAUUCCUUGUUGUGUGCAUACCAUGAUUAUACAGAACACACAAACUCAGCUUUAUGGGAUAUUUACCUGGAGGCCAUGGUUUCUUUGGGAUCAGAGAUUUUUCAUUCACUGAAUGGUUCUGCCUGCUUUAUCCUGUUGAAAGGAUCCCUGACCAUACAGCUUUUGCAUCAGCUGGCAUUCAGUACAUUUAUUUGGGCUCCUGAGUGUACUUUUAGAUGGAUUCCUACUGGAAAUGGUGGUAUUGUUCUUGUUAUCAAUUUGAAUACCCAGACAGUUGUCUAUUUAAAAGUCAUUUAACUUCCUCCUGUCUCACUUAUUAUUCAGUAUACCUUUGUCUACUUGACUUGGUGAUUAGAAAGUGACAUCUUAUAAUCUUGUGUCCUCUUGCUACUGAGGACUGUAGUCAAGAAUCAAAAGAUCGCUGUGGUAGAUGCAAGCCCUUGGUUUGCUUCAGCAGCUUUUUUUUAGAAGUGAUGAAUUAAUUUAAAUAAGGAAAAAUGAAGUAUAAUAUUGCCAGAGUGAAAGCAUUACUCCAGGAGGGAAACGACUGAGCAAAUCUGAAGCUUAACCUGGUUGCCUAUUCUUCAAGCAGGCAGCACUCUUACUUCAUUGGCAGGGACUGAAGGAAAAACAAAGUCAGGAGGCUCUAACUACGGGUGGUUGGAUUGGCUGGGGAGCCAACUUCAACCUGAUUUACCCUCAGACCACAUUUAGAGCUGCUCACCUGGUUUGGGCUGCUUGGAGAGCCAAAAGACAGGGAGCUGACAGAACUGUAGAGCACUGGCUAGGCAGCUCACAAAUGUUGUGUCCUUUCCAAAGCAGGAGGAGGAGAAUGUACCCUUUGCAGACUUUCUCCUGAGCAGGCAUGGCCUGGAGCUUGCCAGGUCUGCAAUUCAUCCUGUGCUCUGUGAACACUGCGCAGCGCCUGUGCGGCACGGCUGCUCCAGGGCUGUGUUGCUUUGCCCCUGGAAGUUCAUGUGGGACUGACCCGGUGGACUUAAGCUACCCGUGCUCUAAAUCUCUACACCAAGUAGGAGUUUCAGGUUGGGAGGAGGCAAUACAGAGUGUGUAAUGGCUCAAACAUGCAGCAAAAUGCAUGAUUUUAGCCUGAAAACUGUUCCAAGCAUUCCCCGGGACCUGCAUGUGAUAAAGCUGUGCAGAACACCAAUGUGUUGUAUUCUAGAGCUUCAGCAUAAAUCAAUGGCAUAUCUGACUAUGUGUUGUCAUGCUUUAUCUAUUCUUUCCUUACUUUGUUUUUUUUCAUUUGCCUCUUUUUCUGUGUGCAGCUGGGUGAAAAGAGAGGUCUGGAAUCCAGAAUGUUUUUCACGUGGCUCCUUGUAUGUUUUAAAGAUUAAGCAAGAGAUUUUCUCUUGCACUUUUUCUUUCUUUUUUUUUUUUUUUCCUAAUAAACUUGUAAACAU